AACAACAGUUAUUAUCUGGAGCUGGAGCCAGGAAGCCUGUAGUUUUCCUUCCUGUUUGCUGGCAGGCAGCAGACGCUCCCAGACAGGACUGGCCUGAGUGUUGCCUUGUCCAGACCAUAUCAAAAAUGCAGCUUUGUGCUGACUGAGAAGUAACUUCUUUUCUGGAACAAGAUUCUGAUUUUUCUGACACUAAUGACCUCAAACAAGAUGGAGGAUUUGAAAUUUGAUGCAACAGAGCGCCUCAGUUUUGACUAUGUGCAGGGAAUUCUUCAACCCACACCCACCUGUGACAUCUGGGAUCAGAUCUGGAAUUUUCAAGCCAAGCCCGAUGACCUGCUUAUUUGCACCUAUCCUAAAGCAGGAACAACAUGGACUCAGGAGAUGGUGGACUUAAUACAAAAUGAUGGUGAUGUUGAGAACAGUAAACGAGCACCUAUUUAUGUACGAUUUCCUUUCAUCGAAUGGAUAAUCCCAUCCAUAGGAUCUGGUUUGGAACAAGCUAAUGAAAUGCCCUCACCACGGACCCUGAAAACACAUCUUCCCAUCCACUUGGUCCCGCCAUCCUUCCUAGAGAAGAACUGUAAGAUAAUCUAUGUAGCAAGAAAUCCCAAGGACAAUAUGGUGUCCUAUUACCAUUUCCAAAGAAUGAAUAAAGCACUUCCUGAUCCAGGAACAUGGGAAGAGUAUUUUGAGACUUUUCUGGCUGGGAAAGUGUGCUGGGGCUCUUGGUAUGACCACGUGAAAGGAUGGUGGGAAGCCAAAGACCAGCACCGCAUUCUCUACCUCUUCUAUGAGGAAAUGAAGAAGAACCCAAAACAUGAAAUUCAGAAGCUGGCAGAGUUUACUGGAAAGAAACUAGAUGACAAAGUUCUAGAAAAAAUUGUCCAUCACACUUCAUUUGAUGUUAUGAAGCAGAAUCCAAUGGCAAACUAUUCUACAAUUCCUACUGAAAUCAUGAACCACUCCAUUUCUCCAUUCAUGAGAAAAGGAGCAGUGGGAGAUUGGAAGAAACACUUCACUGUGGCUCAGAAUGAGAGAUUUGAUGAAGACUACAAGAUGAACAUGGCUGACACCAGUUUAACUUUCCAUUUCCAACUUUAGUAAGGAAAAAAAAGAACUAAACAUUUCCUGGUUAUUAUCCAGUAUAUUUGGGUAAUAACUCAAACCAUAAAACUCAGACCAACUGAUAUUGGAUUCAGGUUCUCAGACUAGUUGCUGAUUGUGUUUGCUCUUGUUCACUCUACUAAAAAAAUAACAUAAAAUAAAAAGACAAGUGAUAGAGGUAGCAGAGGUUAGGGGCAAGGUGGAGACUGGAAGCAGGGUGGUGAUGUGGAGGGAGGGAAGCUCAAUAACUUACUAGCUACCAUCCUGUAUCACUGCCAAUUAGCAUUACAUUUAAGUUUUCUACAAUCAUGUGUUAACAUAUUUAAAAUGCUUCCCUCCUCAUAUGAGAAUAUACUAAUGUUUUCAGAUUAAGUUUUGGUUCAAGUUAAUUUUUUUAAAUGCACCACUAAAAUGUAUAAAUAGUGACUAUUUCUUCCAGAAAUUUCUUGGUAGCCAAGUAACCAUCAAGUGACUCAGUUUCCUCUUGGAACCUUCCAAUUCACUUCAGGGCCCUAGUGUAAUGCAUCCGUCCCCAUCCUCACCAGCCUAUACAUUAAACUGAACUCACUCUCCCACCCCCAGCUAAUGUUACAGUCCACUCCUGGAGUCACCUCUUGGCUCACGUUUCCCAUGCCUCCACAAUCAUAUUCUAAUCCAUCAACAAUAUCUGUCAGGUUUAAUCUAUGAAGUCUUUUAUAGUAUUUUCAUGUAACCAUUCAUUGUUUUCCUUCUAUUUAUAUAGCCAUCCUCCUGGUUCAGAAACUUCUUACCUCUUGCCUAGACUAGUUUAAUGGCUUCCUAAGUCAUUUCUCUGUUUUUCACACAGUUAGUAAAGUAAUUUUCCUAAAACAAGAUUCUAAUUAUGUUGCUUUUUAGCUCAAAAUCCUUCAAGGACUGAAUUUUCACUACCUGAAAGAUAAAUCCCAAGAUUUUAUCCAUGAAUUCAAAGGUGGCUAUAACUACACGACUCUAACCUUCCUUUACAGCUUGAUUUCAUCUUCCAAAUCACUCCAUAUUUCAGCAAAUUAGCCUCCUCCCUGGGCCCUGAUCAUAUCUUCCAGGUUCCUACGCCUCCUGUUUUAUUUACACCAUGCCACCACCUGGAAUUUGCCUUCCUUUCUUUCUACCUAUCCAAAA